UCUGGUAAUGUCGACUGGGAAAGAAAAGUGCAUGAUGCAAUGAAAGAGUGAGUUGAUUCAAUAUCCUCUCGCGCAUACAUCAGGCAUUAAUGCUGACUAACAGAUUAUGUUAUUGUACGAGGCUUACGCUCGUUCCUUGGGAUGUGGUGCAAUAAAGCAUAGCGCAAUGAUGGUGCAAUUUAAAUUACAGUACAGCUGAUCUUUUAAAAAGAGGACGGCGUGAGAGAGCGAGCCAGAGCCUGUCAAUUGGUAAAGAGAGAGAAUGGAGUAGACUAGUAUUAGUAUGAAUAUUUAGUCUGUUCUAGUUCCUUAAGACAAUAAUGAUUAUUGUCUAUUGUUAUACUACCAUGAUGACUGGCUAAUACUAUUGUAAUUCAAACUAGUGGUUUUCAUAUAAUAGACUCGCCCUUCGGUCCUGAAAGGAUUACAGUACAGUCCUCACAUAAUCUUUUCAAGAUGGCUGCUGCUUCGAUAUCGCCAGAUUCCUCACAGACAACAAUGGAGGACAAAGAGGACUUUGUUACUCCACCCUCAGACUCACCUCCUUCUUCAAUGGAUGAGAGUACAGAUGAGGCUGUGCCUAAAGGCUGUGGUGUGGGUCUUUUUGGAUACAAAGUAUCCUCAAGUGAUCUCAUAUCCCAGACCGACCCUAAGCUGCAAUAUGUCAAUCCGUCUUCUGAUGAGUUUGAUUCUCUUGUCUCAGCUCUCAAGCUCCAAAUGGAGGACGGACAAGGAGAGAUAAUAAUCGAACUUGGAAUAGGAGGUGGUUGCUCCAAUAAUGGAUUGAGUGAAAGUGAAAUGGACGCCAGCAUAGCAACGCUACAUGCUGUGGCUGCUGCCUGUGACGCUGACAUGACAGUUCUAAGAAAGAAAGGAAGCGAAGGAUGUUUACUGGCAGACUGUCUAGUUAGGAGAAAGGUCCAAGAGGAUGACUUUCUGGAAGUUAGAGUUGCUGUGGUCGGGAAUGUUGAUGCUGGUAAGAGUACAUUGCUUGGCGUGUUGACGCACGGCGAGCUCGAUAAUGGGCGUGGUCACGCUAGACAGAAACUGUUUCGUCACAAGCACGAGAUGGAGAGCGGUCGUACGUCAAGUGUAGGAUCAGACAUACUGGGGUUCGAUGACAAAGGAAGGAUUGUUAAUAAAGUGGAUGGACAUGGUAGUUUAGACUGGGCUCAUAUUUGUCGUGUUUCCUCCAAAGUGAUCACAUUCAUUGACUUGGCUGGUCACGAGAAAUAUUUAAAGACGACCAUUUUUGGUAUGACUGGCCAUGCUCCAGAUUUCUGCAUGUUAAUGAUUGGUGCCAAUGCUGGUAUUGUUGGCAUGACUAAAGAGCAUCUUGGUCUGGCCCUGGCUCUCGCUGUCCCUGUCUUUGUUGUAGUCACUAAGAUUGAUAUGUGCCCUCCUAACGUCCUCCAAGAGACCAUGAAGCUCUUGAACAGGGUUCUUAAAUCCCCCGGCUGUAGGAAGAUACCUGUAGCCGUGCAAACGCAGGAAGAUGUCAUCACAACUGCUACCAACUUCACAUCUGCAAGGGUGUGUCCCAUAUUCCAAGUCUCCAAUGUGAGUGGGCACAAUCUUGAGCUAUUGAGGUCAUUUUUAAGUUUGCUCUCGGCCAGAAUGAGACCAAGAGAAGACAAACCGGCCGAAUUUCAAAUAGACGAGACCUACUCAGUCCCGGGUGUUGGCACUGUCGUAUCAGGUACUUGUUUGCAAGGGACUAUCAGUCUUAAUGACACUUUACUGCUCGGCCCUAACUCAGUCGGAGAGUUCUUGCCCGUUGCCAUUAGAGGAAUUCAUAGAAAGAGAUUACCAGUUAAAGAAGUUAGAGGAGGACAGACAGCUUCUUUUGCUCUUAAAAAGAUGAAACGUAAUCAGAUCCGUAAAGGUAUGGUGAUGUUAGGUGCUGAAACCGAUCCCGUCGGCUGUUGGGAGUUUGAGGCUGAGAUACUCGUAUUACACCAUCCAACCACAAUAUCGCCAAAAUAUCAAGCAAUGGUCCAUUGUGGUAGCACACGUCAAACAGCGACUAUAAUAACAAUGGAUAAGGAUCACUUAAGAACUGGUGAUAAAGCGUCCUGCCUGUUCAGGUUCAUCAAGAGCCCGGAGUACCUUCACACAGACUCAAGGAUGGUCUUUAGGGAAGGCCGCACAAAAGCUAUAGGUACAAUCACAAAGAUACACCCAUACAUUCCUGGCAGUGGGAGUGGAGUAUCAAUUGGUGGAGGCACUGCUCAUUCUACAAAGAAGAAACCUUCUCAAAUGCCGAAGACUCUCUCUGGAGCAUCAGUAUCUCGUGUGAAGGGAAGGAGAGGAAGAGGAAGGAACUAUCAUCACAUUGAUAAGACCAGCUCAUCAACAUCAGCCAGUGGAGGAGGGGGAGGAAUAAGCUUAGAAGGACCAUCAACUAGCGAUCAUAAAUAAUAAACAUUGACUACGAAUUAAUAAUUAAUUUUAUUUUCAGGUUUAUUGCACUCUUGUUCUUGUUAUUAUUUUUUCAUUUUAUAGUUUACUAGACCUAGUCUAAUCCCAUUUAGUACAUUAUUUUUUUGUUCAAAAAUUUUAUUUAAGAAUAAAAUAAUAUUUAUUGAGAGAAAUAGAAAGAAAAAAAAA